AUGGUGCUCUGGCUGCUGUUUGUGAUUCCCCUUCCUGUCCUUGCUGCUCUCGACAAAACACACGGUGUUAGCCCCGCCCUUGUAUCGAAAUAUGCUCCAGUGACCUCGGGCUCAUCUCCAACAUGGCAAUGUCUGGACGGGUCGAAGGAGAUAGCUUGGAGUGCUGUGAAUGAUGAUUAUUGCGACUGUCCGGACGGCAGUGACGAACCAGGGACCAGCGCAUGCCCAAACAGCGUGUUCUACUGCCGGAACGAAGGUCAUAUCGGCGCAACCAUUCGAAGCUCCCGUGUAAAUGAUGGUAUCUGUGAACCCGAGUGUUGCGACGGGUCAGACGAGUUGCUUGGUGUGUGUGAGAACCAUUGUCGCGAGACGGGUGAUGCAUACAGACAGCAGCAAGAUGCUGAGAGGAAAUUGCACAAAACGGGUUCGAAAAUACGCUCAACAUAUAUCGCAUUUGCACACAAGGAGAAAAAACGGAUGGAAGCUCUCAUUGCACUGAAGGAACAAGAAAUCACCGCAAGAGAGAAAGAGGUCGCGCGAUUGAGAGAUAUCGCAGAGCGUGCCGAAUCUAUAUCUGCCGUUGAGCUUGAGCACAAAAAGGAAUCUCAGCUGUAUCAAUCACUAACGACGCACCACACUGCGCUUAAGUCACUCCAAGCCGAACACAAGAGACACCUUGAACGCGAGAAAGCACUAGGGGAGAUACUCGAUUCGCUCCGUACAGGCUACAACCCGAACUACCAAGACAUGGCUGUGCUGGAGGCUGUGCGUGGAUGGGAAACACUCGCGGGAUUGCCUCACAUUAACGAUGUCGCGAAAGAUGGAGGCGAGGAGGGCGCCAAUGAUGGUUCGCAGACCAAGGAGGAUGAACAACUUGAGGAGGGCAUGUGGAAUGCGGAGCAGAUUGAGAAGGAAAUGAAAGGCCUCCUCAGCACGGACCACAUUUCACUACUCUUGGAGUAUGAAAAACAUAUUAAUGCGCCUGGUGUCCAGUCAGUUUUGUUCGACGUGCCCUCGUAUCUACCAGAGGCGCUCGUUCCGCAAUACGAGGGCAUCCGGGAUACCGUAACCGGGUUCCUGCAAUAUCUUGGCAUAGUACACGGAACAGCAGACGCGUCCGCAGAAUCUAAUCAAGCACGCAAGAAUCUCGACGAUGCCGAGCAUAGCUUACGCCUCACUCGUGAAGAAGAGAAGAAUGCCCGCCUUGAUCUCAGCGAUCUUUUCGACCCCGAUGGGUUUGGGCCUCAGGGCGAGUGGAAGAAGCUGGACGGUCUAUGCCUGUCGAAAGAUACCGGCGAUUACACUUAUGAAGUGUGUCUAUUCGACGAAGCACGGCAAAAGCCUAAUAAGGGCGGUUCGACCUUCAGUCUUGGCAAAUUUACGGCUUGGAAUUCCGGGGCCGCACAACCCGGUGAACUGGAAUAUUAUACCAGACAGCGCUACACACAGGGUGCAAAAUGCUGGAACGGACCGCAACGCAGCGUCGAGCUCGUGCUUACCUGCGGUCUCGAAAACGCUCUGCUCACGGUUGCCGAGCUCGAAAAAUGCGAAUACCAGAUCACGGGGACGACGCCUGCUCUGUGUCUGCCUCCCCACGAGGACGGCCAGCCUGGGGGGAGGGAAGAGCUGUAACGGGGGUGGU